CUACAGAGUUCUCAUCAAGAUGAUGUCCGAGGGAGGAGCUCCAAAGGAAAACCAUCUUGAAACUAAUUCAACCAUAAAAUGGAUGAAAAAGAGAUUUCAUAAAACUGCAAAAUCUCGUUAUUUAGGCGAUAAAAAUAAGAGGUAUACCGACAAGAAGAUCAUCCAAAAGUAUUAAAACAGCAAAAUCAGCCUGCUAAUUUCCUCACCGCUGAAACUUCGGUGUUAAACACAAGUGUCACUCCAACAGCAGAUUUAGAGAGGAAGAAAGUGUUCUCCUCAAUGGAUGUCAGAGAAGGCAAGAAUACUCUGAAUUACAGAUCUGUUAACAACUUCUCUCCAAAAAAUACUAAAAAUAUACAGUUCAACCAGGACCUCGAAAGCCUGAAGAAGAUUGACCAACAAACUGCUGAUAGCGUAGGCGAUUACUUUGAUCGUUUUGUAAAAAGCUCCAAACUUCUUGAAGGUGGCCGGAAUGAAAUAAACCAAAAUAACCCCUCUAAAUUUCAUUUCAGUGAGAAUAAAGAAAGUAGACAACCUCGUCAACUCCUGGGGAGCAAAGAUGGUCAAUUCAGAACAAAUGAAAUUCCUCGACUGCAAGAAAAGAUAAUACAGAAAAGAAGCAAUUCUCGUUCCAAAAAUAGCUCCUCAAAGAAGAAAAAUAAUAAAUAAAUUGAUACAUCUCCAGCCUCAUUCUUGAAUCAAUUCAGUACAGUACGCUCUGCUGAACAAAAUGUAUAAGCAGAAAAAGCUUCAAAGGAAUAAAUACUGGGGAAUGGCAGCUGAAAAGCAUGACUUACUAAUGCAGGUCAAUUCACAAAUGGAGGUGAGGAAGUCCUUUGCUAAAGGAAAGAAGUCAUCUAGUGCACAAAUCCUUCAUAAAAAUCAUUCCAAAGCAAAAUAGCAAUAUAGUGAAUAAAGCCAAAUUUAUUGCUAAAAAGAUGAGCGGGCAAUAUGAUAAUACUCCAAAGAAUAAAUACGUCCUUGGUGACAUAGAGGCAAUACCUCUUCAAAGAUUCGACAAUGUGAUGUUCAAUUUAUCCAAGAAAUCAUCGGCUAAAUCAAUCUUUGAUACAGAAAAUAAGAAAUCUUCAAAUCCCAGACUUUCCAGUUCUAAAAAGUUCAAAAUCAAAAAGAGGUCCAAAAUAAGUAUGUUCCAUAAGAAGCGACAGUCCAAAAAAUAGAGAAAAUUAAAAAUUCAACUC